GAAUGGUCUCUCCCUCGCGCUCUAUUUAAUCCCCGCCGCUGCCGCACCGCCGGCUCCAGACCGGGAGAGCGGCGACGGGACCGGAGCCGUCGCCGCCCCCCCCCCCGCGCUGCGGCUCGGCUCCGUUCGCCCCCGGUUCGGCCCCGGUUGCCACCAUGCCGCCCUCAGCGCUCAGCCUCCUGCUGCUCCUCCUCGGCGCCGCCAAGGGGAACCUCUCCCGGGACGAGAGCCAGCCCACGACGUCGGAUGAGACGGUGGUGGCCGGCGGCACGGUGGUGCUCAAGUGCCAGGUGGAGGACCCCGACGACUCCUCGCUGCAGUGGUCCAACCCUGCCCAGCAGACCCUCUACUUCGGGGAGAAACGAGCCCUGCGAGACAACAGGAUCCAGCUGGAGAGGUCCACGCCGAAUGAGCUGACCAUCAGCAUCAGCGACGUGGUGCUGUCGGACGAGGGGGAGUACACCUGCUCCAUCUUCACCAUGCCCGUGCGGACCGCCAAGGCUCUUGUCACCGUGCUGGGAAUCCCCCAGAAACCCCAAAUCUUUGGCCACGAGCAGCCCAUUGAUGAGGAGAAGAUAGCCCGGCUGACCUGCCGCUCCUCUGGCAGCAAGCCCGCCGCCCAGCUGCGGUGGAAGAAGGGCAACAAGGAGCUGAAGGCCGAGGGCACGGAGGUGGUGGAGGACCCCAACGGGAAGACCUUCACCGUCAGCAGUCGGGUGGAGUUCCGCGUCACCAAGGAGGACAACGACGCCGAGGUGACGUGCACGGUGGACCACGAGUCCCUGCAGAACUCCGAGAGGUCGACCACGCAGAAGCUGCAGGUCCACUACAAACCAACGGCGAAGAUCGAGCCACACCCCCUGUACCCGCGGGAAGGCGAGAAGCUCCAGCUGCAGUGCGACGGGCAGGGCAACCCCGUCCCCCAGGAGUUCCUGUGGGAGAAGGAGGGCAGCGACGCGCCGCUGCAGCUCAGCUCCGACAGCAUCCUCAUCUUCCCCUUCCUCAACAAGAGCGACAGCGGCACCUACGUCUGCACGGCCACCAGCUCCAUGGGCAGCGUCGUGGCCAAAUACAACCUGGACGUCAGCGAUCUUCCCCAGCUCCCCACCCCACACGUUCACUCCACUCCAGCCCCUCCGCCGGGCCCUUCCCAGCCCAUCUCUCAUGCUUCUUCCAUGGCCACCGCCUCAUCCUUCACUCCAGCUCCCGUCCAAGACGCCAGCCCGGUGCCGUCGACCUCCAGCACGUACCACGCGGUCAUCGGCGGAGUGGUGGCCGUCAUCGUCUUCCUCCUGCUCAGCCUCCUCAUCGUUUUGGGACACUACCUGAUCAGGCACAAAGCAGGUGUAUGCGUAAGGCACGGGGAGACGGUCACAUCCAGCCAGCGGCAAAGCCCAGCAGAGGUGAUGUGUACCUACCUGACCCACGAGGCCAAGGGCUCCGAUGACGCCCCGGACGCCGACACGGCCAUCAUCAACGCAGAGGGCGGCCAAGCCGGCGGCGACGACAAGAAGGAGUAUUUCAUUUAGGGGCAUUGGAGAGAGGGUGAGAAAUGGAGCCAGCAAACCCCGAUGGAAACGGAAACCAGACCACAAACCCCACUCAACCCAACAGAUUUUCUCUCGCGCCCGGCACGGGCAGACAGACGGACGGACAGAGGGAUGGCAGGACAGAGAGCGGAGAGCGACCGGCCUGAGACAUGAUGCUUCUUCUUGAACUUGUACAAAACGUUAUUACUACGAACAGCGAAAGCCCCGGCCCCGUUUGCUUGCUUGCACCUCCAUCCCUGCGACCGGCGCUCGCGCGAAACACAGACCAACCAGUGAGUGAGCGACUUUCCUUCUUCCUUUGGACCUUUGCUUUGGUUUCGUGGCUGCUCUUUGCUUUGGGCCCUCGGUUGGGAUGUUGGGCUGGGGUCGAUGUAGCUCUUUCCUUUGUUUCUCUCCAUUUUGGGUUUAUUUUUUGACAUCCAAGGAUAAAAUCAGCUCCAGGCUCCAGCACGAGCUCCGGGCACCUGGGUGGCCUCUGCGUCACCAAUGCUCGCCCCGUGCCUCCCACCAGGAGCUGGGACCUUCUCGUUGUCCCCUCCGUGACGUCCCCGGUCUGCAGGACGGGGACAGGGAGCGCUGUGGACCCCCGAGUCCCUGCCUUGAUUUUAUCCUUGGUGGUUCUUGUCGAACAGUGUCCAUUUGGGAGGAGAGCUGUCCUCGUGCCGUAGGUGUGCGAAGGGGGGGGUGAGCUUCCAGGGUGGGAACCGCCAAAGCCCCCGGAGAUGCCGGGAGCUGCUGAGCACCGCGGCUCCCCGUUCCCACCCCAGUGGGAGGGGGGAGGGCAGGGGUUUUGGGGGCAAAUCCAGAGAAAAAAGAAAAAAAAAAGCCCCAGUUUGCAAAUUGUCAGAUCGGAGUCGUCAAUUUAAACCAUCUAUUGAGAUGUUCAGUGCAGGAGGCUGCUGGGCAUAGCCUGUGGCCGUCACCAACCACCUCUUCGCUGGGCCCCAGGAGCUUCCAGGAAGGUGGUUUAGAUCCUGAGAGCAGCUUUGGUAAGAGCCAACGCGGCUCCACGGAGGUGAGCUGGGGUCCCCCUGGCCUGUGCUACAAGCUGGAGACCACCAGCACCACGCCGCAAGUGGCCCAGAGGCAGUGUGAGGUGUGGGCUCCUCCUGGUCCAGGAGAUGGGCUCCAUCGGUUCCACUCCUUGGAGCUUUCUGUGUCCCCCCUGUCCUUCCCGUCCCCUUCCCGGGGCAGGUGCUGAGCUGGAAAAGGUCUUGUUGGCUCCAAGGGCUGCGGCCAAAAGCAGCCAGAAUGCCCGGGUUUUGUGUCUCAGUAACUUGGGGGUCUCCAAAGAGAUUUGGUGGGCACUUGUCCAACCUCCAACCUGUUUCACCCCAGGGGAAACCACAUCUCUUCCAAGUCAGAUGGAAACCAGAAGCUUUCUCCAACUUCCCCUUCGCAUCCCCGGGGUCCCCGUGCUUCCCCCAACCCCGCAUCCACAGGGCCGGGCUCACUGGGGAGCCAGGCCCCUUCUCUCACCCUUGGAUGAGGCUUUGCCGCCCCCCAGAAUCUUGUGGUCUGGAUGCGAGGGGUUUGCAGGAGCUGCCCUUUGACUUCCAUUUCAGGGUGUCCGGGGGAGGAGAGCCUUUUGGGAAGGAGCGAAAGCCCUCGGUGGGGUGGGCAGCCUCAUCUCGGAGGUGAAGGAAGAGCCUGGUUCCUCUGCAAGGUGUCCCUGGGGCUGGAAACGUGGCUCCCAUCCAGACCCCGUGAGCUGGGCACGAGGAGAAGGGUGGGGGGGAAGCCACAGUGCUGGGUUCAGGUGGGAGCAAGGGACACAUUUGUGGCAUCCAUGGCACGGGCACGGCCAGCUUCACUGCGUCGUCAGCAGGGCAUUACGCACCUCGAGAGAGAGGCACGAAGCCUUCAUCGCCCCCGGCGAGGAAAACCUGCGGUUUUCUCCAUGUUGUCCCUCCCCGUCCGUCUCCUUGGAGGAGGAGGACGUUGGCCUUGGGUCCCACUGGGAGCCCCGAGCUCCCGCCGAGGGACGCAAACGUUGCUGCCGGAGGUAACGCUGCGAAUGCCGAUGCUGUUAACUACUUCACUGCGCACACAGCAUGUACCGCUGCGUGACCUGGCGCUUCUCCGAAGACCUCUAACAUCCACUAUUGAACAGACACAAUUCCUUAAAAUAAAAACGCAAGGACGUGUUUUCAAGUACGAUUCACUCUCGCUCUAAGUCUCCGUGGCGCAGAUCAUUGCGAAGGAGAUGCCCCGAGGGUCCGGGAGGAAGAGGGGGCGAGGGGUCCCCAGGAAGAAAGGACGUGGGGAUUUGGGGUCGGGCAGGUGAGAGGAGCCAGGAUUAGGCCAUCGCGAGGAGGUGCCGCGUCAUGGGGACCAGGGCAGGACAGGAAAGCGGCCCCCGUGCCAGGGUGACGUGCACCAGGUCACUGGUUGCGAACGGGGAGACACCAUGUCAGGGGUGCGGGGGGCGAUGGGGAGGCGGGGGGCUACGCGCUGCCCUCAUCGCAUCGGGUCUGUGGGCUGCACCUGGACGGUGAUGCCGGGUGCUGGGGCGAUCGUCCACACCACGUCCCGAGGGGUGCGGGCUGAGGUCACCAGGGGGAUCCGGUGACUGGGGGCACCCUUUAACAACAGCCCCACAUCGGGCUCAGCACGGCUCGGGAGUGAGGGGCAGCGCGCGCCACGCUCUGCACAGUGCCAAGGGGGCCGCGGGGACGAGAGGUGACGGGUCACAGCUGGAGAGGUGCUCCCGGGACAGCUGGCAGUGGGACACGCUGUGUCACCGGUGGGACGCGCCGUGUCACCAGUGGGAUGCGCUGUGUAACUGGGGGUACGCGCUGUGUCACCGGUGGGACAUCUGUGUCACCAGUGGGAUGUGUCCUGUCGCUGGGGGGUGUGCUGCGUCACCGGUGGGACGCGCCGUGGCACUAGUGUGGGGCUGGUGGUGCGACGUGCCGUGGCUGAUGAUGGGCUACACCGUGGGAACGAGGGAGCGACGGGGCGUGCUGUGGCACUAGCACGGGGACGUGAGGGACUUGUGGUCACAGGGGAGCGGACACCAGGCUCAUGUCCCAAGCUGCUGGCACCCGGUGAGGCCGGGCAGCAUCACCGCACGGUGGGGCACAAGCCACUUCCCCGAGCCCCAGUGUCCCCUCCUGGAGCGUGGGGGCUCCGUUGGCCGCACGGACAGGGGACCCCCAGCCCUGUGUCCACCACGUGCCACCAGGGCAUCCGAAGCGGGCCAGGGCGUGGGGCACGGGCACUGAACUCUCAAUAGACCACGAAAGCCAUAUUUGUGCGGAGCUCUGAGCACGCCGUGGGGCAGGGCAGAGGACGGGCUGUGUUGUUGUGCUGUGUUCUUGUAUGUACAUAAAAGGGAGACAACGAACGUCGAUGUUACUUUAUAACCUUUCUAAUAUCCUGUGCUAAUCUCGGAAAAUAAUCCUAUAAAUAUAUCUGGAUUACACACCUUA